AUGGUGACUCACCUAUACGACUCCAGCACCGACUCUCCUGAGGUCCAAGACGCGCGUCUGCAGCCAGCUCGUGCGGUUACAGACGCACAUAUCCCUUGUUUGGUCUGGGCGGAGGAUGCGCUCUCCUUUGUGCAUUGUGUUCCAACAGUUCUAUUUGCUCUUCAAAUCCUAGUGCCUGACGAGUAUGUAGAGGCCGCGGCAACGGCGAUCGUGUCCCAUCUGCCGUACAAGCAGAUGACGGAGCCUGACUCCAGUUGGCUCGACUACAGGUUUGUAGAUGCCAGCGAGCCAAGCUGCUUCCCAUGGUCUGUUUUCCUGCAGCACAUAUCCCCUCACGAACGAGCGGAGGACGACCCGGAAAAAAUUUUCGUACACCCGCAGUCCUACUUCUCAGUCGACGUCCGCGAUCCUAGUCUGUCCGUGUCCCUGGUUCCCCCGCUACCGGCACACAACACAUCCAUUCGAUUCCCCAUUCUUGCUGCCUUCUUAGACUCCAUGAUCGCUACGCAGCUUGAACCGCCGAUUGGAUACCGACACUGGAGGUUCACCCAAAGACUGAAGGUGUACAUCGGCUAUCUCAUGACAUACAGCCCUGCCUUGCGUGCGGACCCUCGCGUACUUCCUAAUGGUGAGCUCGAGCCUGGACACGCGAAGGUCAUGAAUAGUCUUAAAGCGGAAAAUCGGCACUACCUUGACAUGGCUUUGAGGGGGACGUCGAAGGGAUGGCUUCCUGAGGUGCAAGAGCGCAGAGCGAUAUUAGAGAAGAUAGGGCGAUUUGCCGAGGCACCCAAGCCGCUACCGAAAGUCAAGCGCCAUCCAUCUGUGAGGCACUUUAGGACGCUCCACACCUCAGCGCGCACUCAACUAGGAUCCUCCGACGAGAUUGGUCUGCGAAGGCGUUGCCAUAUGUCUACAAGCUUUGCGAUCGGUCCGUACGCCAGGGAGAUGAUGCGAUUCCGACGGCGGGUACCAUCCGUGAUAUCAUUAGGAAUUCGUUAG